CCUCACUCACGAUAACGACUUAUCAAUCACAAUCAUCGGAGCUUAAUAAGCCUUCCGCCUUCUACGGGCGCUACAUGCGAUUGUUUACUAUCUGAGUAGUCGAUUUAUCCCUUCCACAAGCAAACAUUCAUAAUGGGCGAUCACGAAAGUUCCCAGAUCAGACAUAACGAGCAUCUGCUGCUUGACCAACCUUUGCUUCGCCUCCCCUCCGAACUCCUUCGAAAGAACUUCCGCACGGCCCAUUUCACAAUCGAGAAAGACACAGCCGCCCUAAAGACAUUACUCAAAGAUUCAGCCACCGCUGCCGUCUCCGGCCGCGCAUCACAGCAAGAUGUCCUUCGUAACAUCGACGCAAUGGUGUCCCGCAUGCGAGGUUUGAAGCGCAAACUCAAUGCGAGCGCCGCUGAGGAGGCUCGUCUGCAUACACAGACAGCUGCCCGCAUCUCACAUCUCGACGAACUAUACAAGAUGGAUACGGUGGAGGACGUUAAGUACGAAACAUGGAGUAGGAAGAGGCUCGAUCGCCUUUUGGCAGACUACCUGCUUCGCCAUGGAUACAAUGACACUGCAAAGGAGCUGGCCGAGCAGCGUGGUAUUACCGAUCUCGUUGAUAUCGACACCUUCGUUGCUGCAAGUCGUGUCAGAGAUUCUCUUCUGAAGCAGAGCGUGGUUGAAGCUCUGGCUUGGUGCACCGAUAACAAGAAGGAGUUAAGGAAGAUGGAGAGUAAGCUCGAGUUCAUGCUUCGCUUUCAACAAUAUAUCGAGCUGGUCCGCUCGCAAUCCUCGGCCAAACUCACUGAAGCCAUUGCUCACGCAAAGAAACAUCUCAUUCCUUACCGGGCCACAUUCCCCCGAGAAGUUCAGCAGGUCUGUGGUUUGCUUGCCUUUCCCCCUGGUGGUGCAUCUACCGCCGCUCCCUAUGGAGAUCUGUAUAAACCUUCCCGCUGGGCUGACCUUGCCAACCUCUUCACAACAACCCACAAUCAACUCCUUGCCCUCCCUGCAGUCCCACUCCUUCACGUUGCACUCUCUUCUGGUCUAUCAGCCCUCAAAACACCUGCAUGCCACACGGACCCAAUGCACUCAUCAGAUAGUCCAUCUGCCCAAAGCACAUCCGAUAUCGCAGCAGCAGCUUCGACUCUCGGCCACGGCGUUUGUCCCAUCUGUUCCACUGAACUCAAUGAGCUUGCCCGGAAUGUGCCGUACGCUCACCAUACUCAGAGUCAUGUAGAGCACGAUCUCAGGCUACUGCCUAAUGGUAGCGUCUAUGGAAGGGACCGCCUUGAAAUACAGGCGAGGAAGAAUAAUUUGCCUUCUGAUCAGGUUAAGGACCUCCGGACAGGAGAUAUCUUCCCAGUUGAGUCACUGAAGAAGGUUUAUAUCACGUAAAGAGUUCAUCGCUGGGGACUGAUGAUGCGUAAGAGAAAUUUCUGGUUAGAUAUUGGCGUUUACUACAUGGAUAGGUGUUCCGGUUUUCAUCACAUUGUACAAUACAAAGUCACUGCGAGCCAGUGGCUUAGACAUAGCGCUGCCAUCCAUCUUUGACGGGCAUCAUGUCAUAGCACGACUUAAAAUUGGACAAAAU